GCGGCAAUUCCCAAGAUGGCGCCUGUCAGUGGCGCGGCUUUAGGUGGUUGCUGGGUUGUGCUAUCCCGGUGCCGCGGGCUGGUUGUGGUCGCGUCUCGCUUCGCGGCCGCGGCUUAUUCCUCCGCGCCUGCGGUGAGCGGUAAGGAAGGACAGCAGGGGGAAGCUUUAGCAAGAAGAGGCAGGACACAACAGUUCAUAAGAUCACAUAUACCUCCCAGAACUGAGAAGAUGGCUGUUGAUCAGGACUGGACCAGUGUUUAUCCAACAGCAGCUGUGUUUAAACCUGCCUCUGUGCCUCUCCCAAUUCGAAUGGGUUACCCGGUGAAGAGAGGAGUACCUCCACCAAAAGAAGGCAACUUAGAACUUUUGAAGAUUCCCAAUUUUUUGCAUCUUACUCCUCCUGCAAUUAAGAAACACUGUGCAGCUCUUAAAGAUUUCUGCACUGAAUGGCCAAGUGCUUUGGACAGUGAUGAGAAAUGUGAACAGCAUUUUCCUAUUGAAAUUGAAACAACAGAUUAUGUGUCUUCAGGGACAUCUAUUCGUAAUCCCAAAGCAAGAGUGGUGACUUUAAGAGUUAAACUUUCAAACUUGAAUUUGGAUGACCAUGCAAAGAAGAAGCUUGUUAAACUUGUAGGAGAGCGGUACUGUAAGGAUACAGAUACCCUCACAAUUACAACAGACAGGUGUCCACUAAGAAGACAGAACUAUGAUUAUGGCAUACACCUCCUCACAGUUUUGUACCAUGAAUCCUGGAAAACCGAGACAUGGGAGAGUGAGAAGGCUGAGGAAGACAUGGAAGAGUAUAUUUGGGAAAAUAGCCGCUCUCAGAAAAAUGCCUUGGAUACCCUACUUCGAAUAAAAGCCUCAGAGAAUGUCAGUAGUGUAACUAAGGAAGAGCUUCUUGCAUCAGAAGUGGUUAAAAAUUACAGAAACUCUGUAAUUGCACUUAAAAAUGAAGGUGAAACAGAAAAUAACAUGUCUCAGUAUAAGGAAUCUGUGAAGAAACUAUUGAAUAUACAAGCAUUACCAUGAGAGACUCUGCAGGGGUACACCUGAUUGUUACGGAGGUAUUAAACUACUAGGUUAAUAUUUCAGUAUGAUAUGGUUAUGUAUUUAUCCAGAGCCUUAAUCAAAAAUACGAAACUUUAUGAAAAGUUAACUUCAAUAGUAAUCAGGUUUUUCUUUACCACUGGACUUUCUUGUAAACAUAAUUGUCUUGUCCAUGAAUUCUGUUCUUUGAAUAAAGUAUGUUUUGAGUCUUA